UUAAAAUGAGUGAUAUUGUUUUAGGAGAAUAUGAAUAACUUGAAUUGGAUAGUGAAUCUCAUGAUUCUAAAUUAUUGCCAUAACCAUAAUAAUACAUUGAAGAAACAUUAGAGGACAUAAUCAAAUAAUAGCCUAUAUUUUUUGAACAAGAAAUUUAAUCAGGAAAUUUUAAUUUGUUAGUAUUACAUACUCCUGAGAAUUUGAAUGAAUUAGAUUCAACAGGAUACGCAUUAAUUCAUCAUGCAAUUUCUUUUGAAAGAUUAGAUAUAAUUAAAUACUUACUUUUGAAAGGAGCAAAUCCUUUAAUAAAAUCUCAAAUUCAAUAAAGUUGUUUGAUGAUGGCUUGUCAUUUUGGUAACUAAGAAUUAGUAAGACUCUUUAUAGAUUUAGGCAAUAAUAUCAAUGAGUAAGAUAAUUUAUUAUUUACUCCAUUGCUUUAUGCAAUUAAAUGCAAUAAAUAGUUGAUUGCUCUCUAUUUGAUAGCUUUAUAAGCUAAAACAGAUAUAUCAGAUAAUGCUGGAUGUACAAUUAUGCAUUGGGCUGCUUAUACUAAUGAUGUGUAUAUGCUCAGAUAUUUUGAAGGAGAUAAUUCAUAUAAUUUAUAGGAUUCUAAAGGCAAAACUCCUUUGAUUAGAGCAAUAUCAAAUUAUUCAAAUGAUGCUGUUGAAUAUUUACUUAGAACAUACCCAGAUAUUAUGCCUAAUUAUGAAAUGGAUCUAAAGACAAUAGCUAUUAAAAAAAUAGUAGAAACUAUUAAAUACGAAAACUUCAUUAAAAAGUAUAAUACUAAAUUAGUUCAAUAUAUUGUAAUGGGUUUAUUCUAUUUCAUAAUUGGGGUACUUGUAGUUUUCAAUUUUUAAAGAUUAAAUAAUGAUGAUACUUAUGGCUAUAGUAUUACUUUGAUUUCAUUAAUUAUUACACUCUAUAGUUUAUUUUACUGUAUCAUAUUUUUAUAGAAGAGUACAAGUAAAUAAGAAUAAGGCAAAAAGAUGUGUAACAGUUUAGGACAUCCUAAAAUUAGUUAUGAAUGCCAUCAUAAUAAUGAUGGAUAGCAUAGACAUCAUAUUUUAGAAGAGGAAAUUAAUUUAGAUGAAAUUUAAGAUGAUUUAGAAAAUAAUAAUUUAUCAAAUUUAUCAGAAUUAUUAAGAGCAGUCAAGUUAUAUUUUGAAAAGGAUGAACAAUUUAUUGAUUUUGAUAUUACAAGAACAUGUUCUAAAUGUAAAAUCAUUUAAAAAGCAUAAGUCUAUCAUUGUGAUCAUUGCAAUAUCUGCGUAAAUUAUUAAUUUAUUAAUUUAGGUUAAAGGAUUUCAAUUUCAUUCUAUUUAUUUGAACAAAUGUAUAAACAAUACAAAUCAUUUUUUUUAUGUCUUCUUUUUGCUCACAUACUUUAUAACUUUUAUUACUAAUGUUUACACUACUUAUUAUACAAUAUCCAAAAAUCAAAAUAGUAUUACAUUAUUUUUUUUCCUUCCUGUGUUUUCCAAUCUUACUUUCAUUGAAUUAAUUGGAUAUUAUGGUAUGAUUUUUGGAAUCUAUGUUAUUUCAAUCAAUUUAUUAGUUUAAGUAUAUCUUAUUUUAAUAUUUAGAUUGCAUGUAUCUUUUCCAAUUUGACUGAACAUGAAUUACUAAAUUCAGAAAAAUAUAAAUAUCUAUAUGAACUUGUACUAAUUUAAGAAUUUUAUUACAUGAAACUAAAAAAAGUUGGAGACAUAUUUGAAAAUGCUAAAUCUUAUAUUUGGAAUCAAUACAAUGAAUUAAGAAUCUUAUGA